CCAUUGCAUCCUGCCACAUCGUGUACAGCCGAGAGAGCUGCAAGGGGCACGCAGCUGCUGUGAAGGAGUGGAAUUUCUUUGCUGGAGAUAGAGCAUGCAGUGCGGUUUGGCGGAGAUGAGAUAAACAGUGCACGCGGCUGUCUGCCUGGGAUGCUGUGACUGUUUCUUUGUUCCAGUUGAUGCUGGGGGCUGCUGGAGUAUUAAACUAACACAUCACCAAAAUGAGUGAAAAGGAAGAUCAAGGAGAUCCAGCAGAUGUCGGUGAUUUAACAGAAAAUGCAGAAUAUGAGGAUGAUUUUGAAAAUGACCCUGAAUGCCUAACUGAUGAAGAAAAAACCCAAAACCUUGGUGAAAAAGAGAAUCCUGAAGAAAAUGAAGAGGAUAUUGAAGCACAAAUUCCUAAAGCUGCAGACAGCUUUGAGGAAGACAGUAAGGAAAUGGAAGAAAAUCUAGAUCAGCUUUUAGAGGCAGAUGUAAAAGUGAAAGUGAUAUACUCUAGUAAAAAAUAUUUGGAAUCCGGGGCAGAUACGGAACAGGAGGACCACGAAUCUGAUAGUGAGAGAGAAAGCUUUAUCCAGGAAUCCAAGCUGGAAAAUGAGCAGGAUCUGAAUGAGGAAGAGGAUGAAGAAAUAAAGCGUUACGUCUUGGGAAGGAUUGAAGAAGCCAACAAAGAGCUGGAAAAUCAGGCUCCUGUGGAUCAAAACAGAGAACGGAAAUUAAAAUUUAAGGAUGAGUUGGUGGAUCUUCAAGCUCCUCCUCCAGAAAAUGCUGAAGUUGGUAAAACUGACCUUGCAAGAGGAGACGAUGUUUCAAGGAGGCUGUCUCAGCUGCGUAUUUCUAAUGACAUGGGACAGAAACGCCCAUCGCUUUCAGCACGUGCUGGCUCAGAUGAUGAAAUGACAGAUGCUAAAAUCCUAGUGGAAAAAGAUAGAAAGUUUGAACUCUUAAGUAUACGUGAUAUUGAAAGCCAGGGCAUUUUGCCCCCAAUAAGUGUUUCUUUUACAGAUAUUGAAACUCAACAAACAUCUCCAAAAUCUUCACUCUCCAGUUCUUCUCACACUGCCUCUAAAAUGAAAGAAAUGCCUCCAUCUAACUCUAAGCAUCCUCCAGAUUCUGCUUUGAGUGCUGCAAGAGAUCUGGGAAAACAGAAGAGUCCACAGAAGACUGAGUCUGCACACGUGCCCAUGAAAAGCUCCACUUACAGUCUUACUCCCAGACAAAAAGAAUUAAGGAAGCAGAUAGAACAAAGGAAUGAAAGACUGAGGAGAGAGGAAGAAGAAAGGAAAAGGGAGCUAGAAGAAGAGAGGAGAAGAGAGAAUGACAUAGUUUUUAGAGCGUGGUUACAGAAGAAGAAAGAACAACUACAAGAAGAAAAGCGAAUUCGUCUUGCAAAACAGCUGGAAGAGCUGAGCAUCAAAGAGAGGAACAGGGAUCCAGAAGAAGCCUACAGGUUAUGGCUUAAAAAAAAGCACCAACAGUAUGUGAGAGAAAAACGGAUAGAAUUUUUGAGACGCCAAGCUGAGGAAGUGCCCUAUUUUCCAAGGGCAGAGGAAUGCGACAGAGCUUUUAGAGACUGGCUGAGAAGGAAGAGAGAAGAGAAACGAGCAGCAGAACUAGCUGCUAAAGAGAGAGCCAGGCAGCUUAGAUUAGAAGCCAGAAGAGCAAGACGGAUGCGGAACAUGCACUAUAUUUAGUCCAGAUCCAAAAUCCUUUUGCUUCACAGACCAUUACAGUUGAAAAUUUGAUGUAGCCACAGAGUUCUUGGUGACAAUCUUCUUAAUUUUUAUGGCUUGAGU